GGGCGGUGCAAUUAAAAACCCUAAUUUGCUAUCCCAUCCCUUUCUCUCUCUAGCCCCCCACAAAAUUUUGAACCCCAGUGCUCUUUCUCUCUCCUCUCUCUCAUGGCGUCGCCCGCGCGGGAAGAGAAGCAGAAGCAGGCAUACGAAGGAUUGGGUGCGGGUGGAAAGUUCCGGAAGACGCCGUUUCGACGGACCACCCAAGCGACACCCUAUGAUCGGCCACCAACAACUUUACGAAACCCUAGCGCCGCCAACGAUGGCUGGCUCUUGAAACUCGUCGAUCCGGCUCAGCGUCUCAUCUCUACCAGCGCCCACCGCCUCUUCUCCUCCGUCUUUCGCAAACGCCUUCCUCCGCCUCAGUCGCCUUCUACAGGGGUAAAUCAUGAAGCAAAUAUGAAGGAGAAAGAAGUUACAAUGGAUCUUUCUGGAGUGCUAAAGGGCACAAUUGAUCAAUGUUCCGAUCCAAGUCAUCCAAGUACUACUGAUGACGGAGGCAAGCUUACUGAUCUUCAGCAAAUUUUAGAGCAGAAAACCUUUACCAGAUCUGAAAUUGAUCGAUUGACAGCGCUGUUGCAUUCAAGAACUGUUGACAUGCCAAUUGAGAAUCUUGAGAAAAGGUCUGAAGGAAUACCUUCAAAAUCGGCAGUUUCUCAUGACGGAAAGGAAGAAUUUCCUAAAACUCCAUUGCUGGACAAAAAUGGGAUUGAUAGCCGCCUUGCUUCAAACCCUGUUGUUAGUACAAGUGUCCUUGAUGAAGAUGUUGCUUCUCCUGCAGAGCUCGCAAAAGCUUACAUGGGCAGUAGGCCUUCAAAAGUAUCUCCAUCAAUGUUAGGUUUGCGUAGUCAAACACACCAUGAAGAUUCACCUAUUUUGAGCAGUGUACCAUUUCCUUCAAAAUCGUCAAUGAUGUCACUUGUGCCAAGGAAUUCUGGCAGUGAGGGAGCUCCACCAAAUGGUUUUGUGACCCCUAGAUCUCGAGGCAGGUCUGCUAUAUACAGCAUGGCUCGAACGCCAUACUCUCGAGUUCACACGAUAACUACUUUCAAGGGUGCUGGGUCUACAUUUAAUGCUUAUGGUGGUGCAUCAUCAUCUCAGUCUGUAUGGGAGCACAGCCAGCCUUCUGGAUCUAAACAAGGGGCCUCGAAGCGCAGAUUUUCAGUCUUAGACAGUGACAUAGGAUCUGUUGGUCCCAUUCGCAGAAUUCGUCAAAAACCUAAUCUUCUUUCUUCUAGAGGCUUGAGCUCACCGGUAUCAAGCACUACAAUUCUUGGGGCCACAAUAAGUUCUGAGUCUGUUCAAAACUUGUGGAAGCCACUAUCAUUGGGUGAACCUAAGCAUAAAGCAUUAUCAGAAAAUGGAGACAAUGCAGGUCCUAGUACAAGUUUCUCUACUGUUCCCUCAAAGUCCAGUGAAAUGGCUUCCAAAAUACUUGAGCAGCUUGAUAAGUUGGUCUCUCCAAAAGAGAAAUCAUCUAAGUCCAAUCUACAUAUUGUGAGAGACAAAUCGCCAACUAAGCUUUCACCAUCAAUGCUACACGGUCAGGCUCUGAAAAGCCUGGAUCAUGUGGAUUCUUCAAAAUUUUUGGACAAUGCACAUAAUAAUAAUAAUAAUAAUAAUAAUAAUAAUUGUAAUUCUAAGUUGGAUGUUUCCACUGAUCACGUGAUACCAGAUGCUCAAGACUUCACCUCUCAAAAGCAGGAUAAGGUUAGAGAAAAUGGCCCACUUAGGAUCGGUGCUCUUUCUGACAGUUCAACUAUACUAAUAAAUGGAGCAGAUUCUGCAACAGAAAAGAAGGAUAUUUUGCAAAAUGUUAAAACUACAGUAUCUGCCACAUCAAACUCCGUUCAUCCUCCACAAAAGAAACGGGCAUUCAAGAUGAGCGCACAAGAGGAUUUUCUGGAUCUGGACGAUGAUGAUGAUUCUAAUGGGGUUGCAUCCGAUUCAAGAGGAAAGGCGGAGGCAAUUUCGACCAAGAAUACUCCUGUUUACUCUGAAGUGAAGACAUCAUCUUCCCCUAUUGUAUCUUCAUCCAGCUUGCCCAAUGUUGUAGCUACUCAGCCAUCCUUUACAUAUGAUAUAGUUGAUCUCCGGAAAGAAUCACAUGUUGGUCUUCCCACUUUUAACUAUGGGGGUAAUGUUACUUCAGUUAAGGGUUCAGAUGCAGCUACUUCUCUGUUUGAGUUUGGCUCUAAGAGUGUUGACAAAGUUGCAUUGCCAGAGUCUACUUUUACUUCAUCACCUGCAGUUGGUGAAUCUGUCAACGUAACUUUCUCACACUCCAAUCCUGAAGCCUCAAGCAGUGUACAUGCUGUUGAAUCUGGUGCAACAACUGUUGUCCAACCACAAAGACCAGGUGAAGCUGUUGGUAAGAGUAAUUCAAAUGCUGGUGACUCUUUUGUUAUACCUAAAACUACUGUAUCAUCUCCAUCUGCACCAUCAACCACAGGCAUAGUCUCCUUUGGCACCCCUUCCAGUAAUUCAAAUAUGAAUAAUGGGUCAAGCCCUCUAUUUACUUCCUCUGCUCCUUCAGUAUUCAGUAAUUUGACAAGUCCAAAUUCAUCGGGUAGCAUGAGUCUCACUGCCAAUACAAACAGUGUUAUCGCUACAACUGCUGUCACCAUCAACAGUAGCAACAGUUUUAGCUUGGCUCAAGCACCUUCAUUUUCAACCAUGCCUAUGGUCAAAUUUGAAUUGCCUACUGCUUCAACUGCAGUCACGCCAGUUCCACUAAAUUCGCCCUUGGAAUCUUUUGAAGGCAAGAAAAAGGAAACAUUUGGAGGCAACAACACACAAGACAAAGGCCUUGGUAAUCUUAGCAGCACUUUGUUUGCUGGCACAUCUGCUGCCAUUCCAAGUGCUGCUAACCAGUUCCAGUGCACUCUUUUUGGUACUGGCAGUGGAUCUGCUUCUAUUGCCCAGGCAUCAUCUACUGCAACUGGAAUUGCAUCUGGUGCACAGAAUUCAUCCACUGAACCUGGUUCGUCAGCAUCCUCACUGUCACACGGCUUUGCGGGAAGUACACCUUUCUCUAUUGGAAGUUCUAUUUUUGGCCCAACCUCUACUGCCAAACUCCCUGGUUCAGGAACUGGUACUGCUCUUGGUUCUUCUACUUCCUCAUUGGAGCCCAGCUCCAUUAGCUCUAGCACUGCCCCUAACGUAUUUGCUGCCAGUUGGCAACCUGGUAAAUCUCCUGUAUUUGCCACCGCUUUCAACUCUACAUCUUCAUCAACUGGGCUUUCUUAUGUAGCAUCCUCCGUUGCUCCUGCUACCAACAGUGUGCCUAACAGUGCGCCUAUUAUAUCCGGAGGAUCCUCCGUUGCUGCUACUACUAGCACUAACAGUGUGCCUUUUGUAUUUGGGGGAUCCUCGACUGCCGCUGCUACUACUAACAAUGUGCCUUCUGUAUUUGGAGGAUCCUCGUCUGCCGCUGCUACUACUAUCAAUGCGCCUAUUACUUUUGGAGGAUCCACGGUUUCUUCUACAAAUAACAACAGUGGAUCUUUGUUUCGGUCAUCCAAUGGUGCAUCCUCAACUUCCAUGUUCUCAUUCACUUCAACCGCACCUACUAGUGCCCCGUCACAGCCUCCAUUUGGCAACUCCAAUCCUGUAUUUCCAUUUGGUUCCCCAGGUAAUACUGAUCAAAUGAACAUGGAAGACAGUAUGGCUGAAGACACUAACCAGGCAUCGACACCUACAGCCCCAGGUUUUGGUCAACAAUUCCAGUUUGGUCAACAGCCGAUUUUAAACUCACAAUCUGCCUCUGUAUUUGGAGGUACACCCACAGCCCCAGCGGCGAGUCCCUUCCAAUUUGCAGGCCAACAGAACCUAACCAACUCACAGAACCCUAACCCAUUUCAGGCUUCUGGUAGUUUGGGUGCGAAUCAGGGGUUAGGGGGAAGCUUCUCAGUUGGCUCCAGUGGUGGUGAUGGUGACAAGUCUCACCGAAGAAUAAUUAAAGUUAAACACAACAGGCCCCGGAAGAAGUAAGAACUCAGUGGUGUGGUUGUUAGGAGUUUCUCUGUUUGUCUGGGUGAAUAUUAGAGGUAAGAGAUGGCUGUUGUCACCCACAAUGGUUCGACACUGAUGAAGGUAUAACUCGGCCUUCUCAGGUUCUGGACUGGAUGAUUCUGUUUGCUUUACAGAUAUUUCUUCCCCUUUUCUUUGCACUACCGAGCCAAAUUUUCGUGGUUGCAAUGAGAGCUCAAGUUUUUGCAAAUUUUAUACCAGUUUGUAGUCGGAACGAUUAUGCCUUUGUUUUAGUACAUGUAGUAGGUGAAUGGUUUUGUAUUAGUACUUGUAGGGGAUAGGCUUUCUGGUUGGGCAAUUGCGUUAUCAACUCCUGUGUACUCUGCUAUUUGUAUCAUAAAAGAAAACAGCUGUGAAUGUCACAGCUUCUCUGCCGGUGACCUAAAUUUUUCGAGUUGGCUUAGCGGGAUACCGGAUAUUAGCUUCUUUCCGAAUAAAUGUUUUAUUUGUUCCUAUUCAAA